AUGAUGAGCAGCCACUACAACCACUCUCUGGCAGCCAUCAGUGGGCACGGCCACAUCGCCCACGCCCUGACUCUGGAGCAGAAGACGGCGUUUGCCUUCGUGGGCAUGCUGUUGGUGUUCCUGGGGCUGCUGAUCGUGCGCUGCUUCCGGAUACUACUGGACCCGUACAGCAGCAUGCCCUCCUCCAACUGGGGAGACGGAGUGGAGGGGUUGGAAAAAGGGACCUUUGAAUAUGCCCUGACGUGA